CGUGUCACCACAAGCAACAAAAUGGGGGUCAUACAUACGAACGCGCUAAUUGUGUAUGUGUGGCGCACGAUCACGCACAAUCAUGAUCGCAGAUAAGCAGCAAGCAAGCGAACGGAAAUGCUUACGUACGUGGGGGUGUUGGUGGGCUGGGCGGGCUGGGCGGUCGCGGGCUGGGCGGCGCAGGUGGCUGCGGGCUGGGCGGACGAGGAGAAGGAGGGCGAGGAGGAGAAGGUGGUGGGCUGGGCGGCUGCGGGCUGGGCGGCUGCGGGCUGGGUGGCUGCGGGCUGGGCGGCUGCGGGCUGGGUGGAUCAGGGCUGGGCGGCUGUGGGCUGGGUGGAUCAGGAGAGGGGGGAGGGCUAGGAGGGCUUGGCGGGCUCGGCGGGCUUGGCGGAGUCGGUGGUGAAGGCGGGGGGGCGGGACUGAGGCUGGGACCCUGUGUGCAGGUGACUGCAGCCUGAAAGUACUCGGUGCCAUCGUCACGUAUGCCAAUGGUAUAAAACUCAAUUGAGGGGCAAGAGAAUGAGACAGCGCACCAAGGCUGCAAAUACCUGGUAGGCAAGGUAGUUCCGUACUCAUUUACCGUGCAGCCGGAGUACGUGAUGCGGCCGACACGGUAGGUUUCCAAGCAGUCGCAGACGCCGUUGCCCCAAGUACCCUGCUUGACGUACGUGCACACGCCAUCGUUCCUAUUGUAGGUCUGGACCCUGCCCCACUGCAGGAUGUAAGCUGUUGAGUCGUCCCACACCGUGAAUACAGCGCAGUUGUAGGUGGAGCUGCAGGCCACCUCCGCCUCCAACGCCGACAUUGCAGGACUAACGUAGGAACUGACACGAAGGUUCCAGGUCGUAUCAACGAGCGCAGUGUACCCGGCCCUGGGUGGACAGCCUGCAUGCAUGAUACGGCGUCACGUCAGCAGUCGUGGGGCGCCAGGUGAUGAGUUCAUUGAACGCACAACGCACACUUGCAACUGAUCAAUCAAUGACAACAAAUUCAAUACUAAUAACACAGCGCGCACGGUGACGACAAACCACGCAUCCCUGUAAUCCCUGUAACCGCAUACAUAC